CGUGGCUCCUGCUUCCUGCAAAAACCGCCGCCCUUCCUGCCGUCCGGCCGUAUCUGCUUUCAGACGCCUCCCUUUGUCUGCCAAUCGGUUCCGUCCACCAGCCGCAUCGAUCGUUACCUCUCCGCCGUCCUUCCCGACGGUCUUUCUCCGUCCGAUACUGCAGUAUUCACGCGCAGGGUAACGAUGAGGGCUGCUCGACGUGGGGAUUUUAUGUUCUGCAAUGUGUGUGGGACGAUGAUGAAUUUUAGUUCUGGCAACCAGGUGGAAUGCCCUUUAUGUAAAUGCUCGAAGAGGUCAAAAGAGGUGAUUGGACUAGAAAUAUCUUACAAAGUCUCUGCUGAGGAUAUCAGAAGGGAUCUAGGGAUCUCACAUUUUGAAGGAAAGAUGGAAGUGAAAGACAUGGAGAUUAACAAGAAGUGCGAGAAAUGCAGCAACACAAAGCUCAAGUUUUCGACUAGACAAAUGAGGUCCGCUGAUGAGGGGCAAACGACUUUCUUCCACUGCCCUGUUUGCUCUCAUACUUUUACCGAGAAUUGAACAUUGAAGCAUCUGAGGUUGAACUAUCACUUCGUAACCAAGACAAGGUCUCUUACAUUCUCGACAUAGAUAAGCUUCUUUUAGCUGUUGCAGUGCUUGCAUUAUUUUGUAAGGAACUGGAAGCCAGAAUCCCAGCUAGGUAUGUAUACCAUAGUAUUUUUUUGUUUGAUGAUCCAAUGGCCAGUUGGCACAGU